AUGGCCCUCUUUACGGAAGUAUAUUGGUUUGCCUUGGUUGGUAUUUUGGUUCAUGUAGUAUAUUUGGGAUCAAUUUUUGAAGUCUAUUUUACUUCGCCAAUAGUAAGUGGAAUGGCCCCGCAUUCGGUGAAGCAACCUGCACCUGCAAAGCGUUUGGUAUUUAUAGUGAGCGAUGGCUUAAGGGCUGAUAAACUAUAUGAAAUCCCCAACAAAAAUACUUCCAGGUCUCCUUAUCUCAGAGAUAUAGUGGAAAAUCAUGGUAGUUGGGGCGUUCUACACACGAGAGUUCCAACUGAAUCAAGACCUGGCCAUGUGGCUUUGCUUGCCGGUUUUUAUGAAGAUGUUAGUGCUGUAACUAAAGGUUGGAAGGAGAACCCUGUAGAAUUUGAUUCACUUUUUAACCAAAGUUACCAUACAUGGUCAUGGGGAAGUCCUGAUAUCUUGCCAAUGUUCAGUAACGGAGCUAAUCCUCAUCGUGUCGAUACAUACAUGUACCCACCGGAGUUUGAAGAUUUCGCUACUGACGACGCUUCAAGGCUUGAUACAUGGGUUUUCGAUAGAGUUGAGCAAUUCUUCAUGAAGGCUAAGCUUAACAGUUCUCUGAGCAAAGAAGUUAAAAAAGGCGGAGUUCUGCUGUUUCUACAUCUACUUGGAGUAGAUACCAAUGGUCAUGCUCACAAGCCAUAUUCCAAAGAAUAUCUAGAUAACAUAGCCGUUGUCGAUAAGGGCAUUGAAAAAACUGUUCGUGUCAUAGAAGACUUUUUUGAACACGAUCAAAGGACCUCAUACAUAUUUACCUCUGAUCAUGGAAUGACAGACUGGGGAUCACAUGGGGCUGGUCUAAACCAAGAAACCGACUGUCCUAUAAUUGCUUGGGGAGCCGGCAUUUCUAAAGCCACUCCUGAAACUAAAAACGAAUACCAGGAUGGCUAUUCGAAGAAAUGGCAUCUUUCUCAUAUUAGAAGGUCGGACGUGAUGCAAGCUGAUGUAGCUCCAUUAGCAGCAUCUUUGCUUGGAAUUCCAAUUCCUGUGAACUCUGUGGGAAUUUUGCCCUCGUCGUUUCUGAAUACAAGUGAUUCAUAUACGGCCGAAUGCAUAAUAGUAAAUGCUAAGGAAAUAGUCGCUCAAUUUAAGGUAAAAAUUAACGCGAGUAAAUCGUUUUUCGUAUCAUCUAUUCAUGGAGUUCUCUAUUUAUUAAGAUCAAGAGGAGGCAAAGAAGAACCAAUACAUUACCAAUAUUCUACAGGCAGUUUAGGUAAAACGCUCGCAACUUUGGCUAUUGAAGGAUUAAAUUAUUAUCAUAACUACGAUCGACUAUUUUUGAGCAUUAUGAUUGCUAGUGGUUUCGUAGGAUGGAUUUUGUACAUAGUACUUUUCUUGAUUAAAAAGCAUACUAAUAACUCGGACAUUUUUAAAGUUAAGGUAAGCUAUCAAUAUGUGUUUAAUGAUUAUUUUAUAGUAAUGUCUAAUGCUUACUCCUUAGCUCAAAGGUCGCCUUUCACUCACUAUAUCUAUGUCAUGGUACCGAAUUUUUUUUGGAGUCAAAUACUGAGACAACGUAAAAUUUUAUCUGAGAGAAUCAAUGAUACACGCAUUGGGGAUAGUUUUUACAUCGUGUUGCUGUUCUUCUGUAUAGAGCUGUUGGUAAUUAGCUUCUUUUAUCGAAUUUCGUUGACGAUUGCUUUGGUCGGCCUUGGCGUAUGGCCUUUGACAACAACUCUUAUGCAAAAAAACAAGUUUAUAUGCGGGUACUGGUUAAUCGCCUGCUUAUUAGUCGGAAUAUUUCCUUCUCUCCCAGCUGUAGGUCGAGCUGCUAAUUACACCUAUGUAACUAUUGCAGGAGUCCUUACAGUUCUCAUAGGGCUUUAUAUAAUUACUAGGUACCCUUCAUUAUUGUGCAAUCUUGACUUUACGAGUACAAUUUACAAGUUACUGUUAUUGGUUGUAGCUAGCCUAGCCGUUAUUGUUGUAAAUAAUACUGCGAGAAGUAUCAACAAUAAACAUGGAUUACCAUUAUUCAAUCAGAUAUACAGUUGGCUAGUGUUAUGCACUAGUUGGAUUUUGCCGUUAUUUAGCUCCAAUUAUCUUUUGGAUCGCUUGCUGAGCAUAUUUUUAUCAUUGAUGUCAACAUACAUUUUGUUCAGUACAUCCUAUGAAGCACUAUUUUGCCUUUGUUUCUGUAAUUUGUUGUCUGUUUGGAUCAUUAUUGAACAGAAGUUAUCGAAUGUUACUACUGGUCAGGUAGGCAUUGCAAAAUAUAUUUUAAAACUUAUUGUAUUACAGUAUAAUAACUUAGGCGAAUUAGUUCAUAAAAUUCUCUCUCAUUUAAUAUGA